AUGUCGCUUGUCUCGCCAGUCAAAGACAGCUAUGUCUUCUUCGGCAUGUCGCUUGUCUCGCCAGUCAAAGACAGCUAUGUCUUCGUCGACAUGUCGCUUGUCUCGCCAGUCAAAGACAGCUAUGUCUUCGUCGACAUGUCGCUUGUCUCNCACUUGUGUCCCUACAGUUCUGCUCAUCCACUUGUGUCCCUACAGUUCUACUCAUCCACUUGUGUCCCUACAGUUCUGCUCAUCCACUUGUGUCCCUACAGUUCUACUCAUCCACUUGUGUCCCUACAGUUCUGCUCAUCCACUUGUGUCCCUACAGUUCUACUCAUCCACUUGUGUCCCUACAGUUCUGCUCAUCCACUUGUGUCCCUACAGUUCUACUCAUCCACUUGUGUCCCUACAGUUCUGCUCAUCCACUUGUGUCCCUACAGUUCUACUCAUCCACUUGUGUCCCUACAGUUCUGCUCAUCCACUUGUGUCCCUACAGUUCUACUCAUCCACUUGUGUCCCUACAGUUCUGCUCAUCCACUUGUGUCCCUACAGUUCUACUCAUCCACUUGUGUCCCUACAGUUCUGCUCAUCCACUUGUGUCCCUACAGUUCUACUCAUCCACUUGUGUCCCUACAGUUCUGCUCAUCCACUUGUGUCCCUACAGUUCUACUCAUCCACUUGUGUCCCUACAGUUCUGCUCAUCCACUUGUGUCCCUACAGUUCUACUCAUCCACUUGUGUCCCUACAGUUCUGCUCAUCCACUUGUGUCCCUACAGUUCUACUCAUCCACUUGUGUCCCUACAGUUCUGCUCAUCCACUUGUGUCCCUACAGUUCUACUCAUCCACUUGUGUCCCUACAGUUCUGCUCAUCCACUUGUGUCCCUACAGUUCUACUCAUCCACUUGUGUCCCUACAGUUCUACUCAUCCACUUGUGUCCCUACAGUUCUACUCAUCCACUUGUGUCCCUACAGUUCUGCUCAUCCACUUGUGUCCCUACAGUUCUGCUCAUCCACUUGUGUUCCUACAGUUCUGCUCAGCCAGUUCUGGCUUUGUAG